AUGGAAGAAAACACCAUUCUACCUUGCCAAGACCAGCACUUUGUAGGAAGCCAGAGCUAUAAUUGCCCGUAUUCCGCUACAACAUCGGAAUCUAAUGUUGACGUUUCCACGGAUACUUGGGUCUCUUUCUGGGCUGCUGGUCUCCUGGACGACAGAGAGCCCCAACAAGCACCACAGGCACAGGAACAAUCCAGUGACUCACAUUUUCCUGUUCUGGACUUGUGCUCCUGGGAAGACACUCAGCUUUCUUCUCAGCUCUACAGAAAUAAGCAGCUGCAAGAUACUCUGCUGCAGAAGGAAGAAGAACUUGCUAGGUUACAUGAAGAAAAUAACCACCUCAGACAGUACCUGAAUUCUACUUUGGUCAAAUGUCUUGAAGGAAAGGCCAAGAAAUUAUUAUCAUCAGAUGAAUUCUACAAAGCAUAUGGAAAAUAUAGAAAGGGGAAGAGGAAACCCAAACAGCAAAAAUGCCCUCUAACUGAGACUUCCCAUCCCAAAAAUGCCAAGAGAAACCUCUCUGCUGAUUUUGCUAAGUGUACAGACCAGCCUGGGCCUCCUGUGGAUCCCUGGGUCCUUCAGACACUCGGGUUAAAAGACCUUAACACCAUUGAUGACACUUUAUCAGCUAACUACAGUGCCUUCUCCUCUCAUCCCAGAAGAAUCACUAACACAUUUUCUGAGUUUGCAGACGAUGCAGUGGCUUAUGAACAUUUCCCCAGAGAGGAACUUCCCCUUGACUAUGAAGGUGAUAGAACUAUCUUACUGCACAGCGCUGCCAGUCACAGGGAAUAUUUUCACUUCCUUUCUCAGCAUUCAAAUCCCCCAGUGGAGCAGCAAACUCGUCCUUACUAUACUGCAGAUGUGUCACCCAACAAGACAGAAAUGGCAUUUUCCACAUCUCUGAGUCCUCACUGCAAUGUGAAAACUCAUUCCUUCCACCAGGGACAAGCCUUCGUACGUCGAGAUGAGAAGGGAGGCUGGAAAUUUACCUGGGUCCCCAAGCAAUCAUAA